AUGAACACCGCAACACAUUCAUUAUCAGCUUCCAUUACGUCGGCGUUGGCGCUCAAGCCGUCCACCGUGUACAUCUUGCGAGUUGAAAACACUAAAACCAGACAGAGUUGGCACAUCCGUCGAUGCUUUUCGGAGUUCUGCGAGUUGCGCGAGAAGCUCUUGUCGUUAAUCGACGAUCAGAUGGCUGCGUACCUCACCAGCUCAGACAUGGACAGCUCCGAGCGCAGCUUCAACACCAGCAGCUCCACCAUCAGCUCCAGCGCCAGCACAGCCAGUAUCAACUCUCUUCGUCUUUAUUAUUCGUCUCCACCUCCGUCCGAUCGCUUUGCGUUUGUUUUCAAGCAGUUUCCGCCCCGUAAGCUGUUCGGGUCAAGAUCGAAACGUGUGAUUGAAGCGCGAUCUAUGGCACUGAAUCGCUUCUUACAACAGGCACUGGAAGUUGUGGAGGUGGUUCGACAGCGUCAAUUGAUCGCUAUUUGCUUCAGUAUGAUGACUCAUAUUGAGACUUUUCUAGACUGUGGAGCUCAUCGACAGGUCACGCGUGUGGGUCCAUCCUGUAGUCUUGACAGAAGCGAGAGAUUCGUAGCUGAGUCUCCCAGUGCAGCUAGAAGAACAUCAGCGGCAGUGUCACUUACUCCAGGUUUCCACCACUACCCACUGGUGCCUAGUCCGGCGUUCACUAUGACCCAGACAGACGACAGAUACCAGUCCUGUACUAGCAGGUACGACCUCAGUGACGAAGAAGAUAGUGACGACGCUCAGCGCUUCAACAACUUCGACUUUACACGGCGAUUCUACUGCGAGUUUGGUCGUCAAGAAGAGCGUGCCGAGAUUUAUGAUGAAGACUCGGAUGACGAGGAGAUGCAGAUGCUCAAGAAGACGUGGAGUGCCAUGCUGGAGAGCGAAACCCACGAGAAGAAACUGUACCAUACCGGUAGUCAUAUCUCGAUGUUGGAGAGUGGGCACACAUCGGAGACGUGGGCGAGACGCAUUGAAAUCGCCGGCAUUCACAAUGCCUCAAAAAGUGAAGAGCUAAGCGCUACCUGUCUGGUUGGGAAGACACCCGAGCUCCAAAGAACAGAGCAGCGUCUGGACCGCCACCGAUCAAAGUAUCCCGUUCCGGUCCAACACAAAUCCACGUAAGAGGGAUAGAUAUUCUGUGAUCUAUGAGUAAAUACGCGGCGUGAGUAUAAGCUAGCAACUUGCCCAUCACAAGGUCAUGACCACAGUUUUCUGUGGAAAACUACUUGUAGGAUAGCACUUCGAAGCAGUAAGUAAUUUAUCAUAGCAUGAUCUCUC